AUGCUCUGUGGAAGUAUUUCUUGUUCAAAGUUGCAUCUUGCCUCAGGCCCCAAGCUGAAUUUUGGCAGUUCAGAGGGACAGCGCUGCCUCGAACCGAAACUGGCCUUUUCGGUUGAUCCGCUCCUCCCUCGAGGCUUGACGCUGAAUGCAAAGACUGGCACUAUCAUCGGAGUACCGAUUCCCAAAGAUCCAUCUUCGAAGGCUCGCUGGCAUAUCAUCACAGUCACAGCUCCCGCAAAGGGCUACGGCGGUAUUGACAUUGGGGAUGUACCGCUGACACGCUGUGUGAUCAGCCUCACAGUGCUGCCGGAAAACUCGAGCUGUGAGCAGCCAAUCCCGAAGUUCUGCCAUGAGAAGGGGGCCCUGACACCCUCUCCCAACUGCGCUAAUUAA